UUUUAGAGUUGGAGUUGGAAAUGGCAUCCACUAGCUACGAUAGCAGUGAGAAGAUCUGGUCGGGUCCCAAAGACAAGGAGUACUACGGACCCGACAUGACCCUAGGAGAGGUGGCUAUGCUCAUACUUAAGCUGCAUGCGGACACUGUGAUGCAAGUCUUCGAGCCCACUGGGGAGGCUCUGACUGGAGCCCAACUGUAUGAGCAGAGUCGCCGCUUGGCGCACGCUUUUCAGCAUUUGAAUCUGCAUCGCGGCGAUGUGGUUGGAAUUUCGGCCAAGAACACCACCUACCUCACAGAGGUGGUUAUUGCUGCUCUCCUAAGCGGCACGCCCAUUAAUCCUCUGCAUCCGGACUUUGAUAGGGAGACUGUUGCCUACAUGUAUGAAAUAACCAAGCCCAAGGUCAUCUUCUGCGACGUGGACAACUAUGAGACCCUGGCCGCGGUCAAGGACAGCCUCAAGUUCAAGACGGAGCUCAUUUUGCUGUGUGGAAAGCUGCCCGGAGUGCGUAAUAUACAGGACCUGCUAGAGGAUGGCGCCCAUGGCUACGAUCCCAAGACGCUCUAUGCCUGUCCACAUCUGUGCGGCGAUGACACGGCCUUCAUCAUUAGCUCCUCGGGUGUAACCGGUUUGCCGAAGGGCGUCACGCGCUCGCAUCGCAGUCUGUUAAAUAAUACCAAAAUCCCUCAAUUGUUCACCGCGAAGACCGUGAUAUUCUGCAUUAGUCCUCUGUACUGGGUCUCCUGCAUAUUUACUCUACUCGUCUCGCUGGUCAAUGGCUGCAAGCGCAUUAUAACGAAUAAGCCCUUCAGCGUCGAAUAUUUCGCUGAGGUCGUGUCCCGUUACCAGAUUAGCUUCGUGAUCACCGUGCCACAUCAUAUGGCGCUGCUGGCUAAGAGCCAACGCAUGGAUCUGGUUGAGCAGCUGGAGUCGGUGCAAUCGUUUGUCUGUAGCGGCUCCAAGCUUCCGCUGGGCAUAUGGCGUAGGCUGUAUGAGCUGCUCGGCAGCCACAGAUUCUCGGUGCUCUAUGGACUCUCGGAAGUCGGAGGCGUUAGCAAAAAUAUUGGCGGCCCGCUGGGCUGCGAGGGCAAACUCUUGCGCAACAUCCAAGUGCGCAUUGUCGACGACAAGGGCUAUGCAUUGGGUCCCAAUCAAACGGGCCACAUACACAUAAAGCUCAAUCAGCGCUGGGGCGGCUACUACCACAAUCCACAGGACACGCAGACGACGGUGUCCCCUGAUGGCAAAUGGCUGCUGACUGGCGAUCACGGCUACUUUGACGACGAGGGCUGUCUGCACUUCCAGACUCGCGACACCGACGUCUUCAAGUACAAUCACUUUCCCAUCUACCCCAAGCAAAUUGAGGACGUCAUAUUGCACUUGCCGGGCGUCCAUGAGGUCGGCAUCUUCGGUGUACCCGACGAAGUAUCCACAAAUCUAACAGCCUGCGCCGUGGUGCGUGAGCAGAACGAAGAGGGCCGAAAGCUCACAGCGGAACAGGUUCUUGAAAUUGUGGCAGAGCACCUGGGUGAGGCCUACCAGCUCAAAGGUGGCGUCUACUUUGUUGACCAGCUGCCCAAGACGACGAACAAUAAAAUACAGAGACGUCGCAUUCUCUCAGAGCUUAAGCUACAGUGUGGUAUUACGCAGUUAUAA